CUGUCCCCUCCGUGUCAUGUGCAGGAAGCCAGGCAGCUCGCCUUACAGAGCCCUAUCCACCUCUAUAUAUAGCCCCGCGAAGACAGCUGCGUAGACGAAGAGUGACCCAGAAGGAAAGCAGGGGAAUAGAAAGAGGAGGCCCCGGCCAGACAGCAGCACACCCAAGCCACCCACCAUGACGCUGGGCUUGGAGCAGGCGGAGGAGCAGCGUCUGUACCAGCAGACGCUCCUGCAGGACGGGCUCAAGGACAUGCUGGACCACGGCAAGUUCCUCGACUGUGUGGUGCGGGUGGGUGAGCGCGAGUUCCCAUGCCACCGCCUGGUGCUGGCCGCCUGCAGCCCCUACUUCCGCGCGCGCUUCCUGGCCGAGCCCGAGCACGCGGGCGAAUUGCGCCUGGAGGAGGUGUCCCCGGACGUGGUGGCGCAGGUGCUGCACUACCUGUACACGUCGGAGAUCGCGCUGGACGAGGCGAGCGUGCAGGACUUGUUCGCCGCGGCGCACCGCUUCCAGAUCCCGUCCAUCUUCACCAUCUGCGUGUCCUUCCUACAGAAGCGCCUGUGUCUCGCUAACUGCCUGGCUGUCUUCCGCCUCGGCCUCCUGCUCGACUGCGCACGCCUGGCCGUGGCCGCCCGCGACUUCAUCUGCGCGCGCUUCUCGCUGGUGGCGCGCGACGCCGACUUCCUCGGGCUCUCGGCCGACGAGCUCAUCGCCAUCAUCUCCAGUGACGGCCUCAAUGUGGAGAAGGAAGAGGCCGUGUUCGAGGCGGUGAUGCGGUGGGCAGGCAGCGGCGACGCCAAGGCGCAGGAGGAGCGCCAGCGGUCGCUGCCCACGGUCUUCGAGAGCGUGCGCUGCCGCCUGCUGCCGCGGGCCUUUCUGGAAAGCCGCGUGGAGAAACACCCUCUUGUGCGUGCCCAGCCGGAGCUGCUGCGCAAGGUGCAGAUGGUGAAGGACGCGCACGAGGGCCGCCUCACCGUGCUGCGCAAGAAGAAGAAGGACAAGGGGAAGGAGGCAGCCGGGGCCAAGGCCGCUGACAAGAGCGCGGGCGAAGCCAAGGCGGAGGACGAGGAGGAGGAGGAGGCGGAACGCAUCCUACCUGGGAUCCUCAAUGACACUCUGCGCUUUGGCAUGUUCCUGCAGGACCUCAUCUUCAUGAUCAGUGAGGAGGGGGCUGUGGCCUAUGAUCCGGCAGCCAACGAGUGUUACUGUGCCUCCCUCUCCACCCAGAUCCCCAAGAACCAUGUCAGCCUCGUGACCAAGGAGAACCAGGUCUUUGUGGCUGGGGGCCUCUUCUACAACGAGGACAACAAAGAGGACCCCAUGAGUGCUUACUUCUUGCAGUUUGACCACCUGGACUCCGAGUGGCUGGGGAUGCCGCCGCUGCCCUCGCCGCGCUGCCUCUUCGGCCUGGGAGAGGCUCUCAAUUCCAUCUACGUGGUCGGCGGCCGAGAGCUCAAGGACGGCGAGCGCAGCCUAGACUCGGUCAUGUGCUACGACCGUCUGUCGUUCAAAUGGGGCGAAUCGGAUCCGCUGCCUUACGCCGUUUACGGCCACGCGGUGCUCUCCCAUAUGGACCUGGUCUACGUCAUUGGCGGCAAAGGCAGUGACAGGAAGUGCCUGAAGAAGAUGUGUGUCUACGACCCUAAGAAGUUCGAGUGGAAGGAGCUGGCACCCAUGCAAACUGCCCGCUCUCUCUUCGGGGCCACCGUCCACGAUGGCCGCAUUUUUGUAGCCGCUGGGGUCACAGACACGGGGCUGACCAGUUCAGCUGAAGUGUACAGCAUUACAGACAACAAGUGGGCAUCCUUCGAGGCCUUCCCACAGGAACGCAGCUCGCUCAGCCUGGUCAGCCUGGCUGGCACCCUGUAUGCCAUCGGUGGCUUUGCCACGCUGGAGACUGAGUCUGGAGAGUUGGUCCCCACAGAGCUCAAUGACAUCUGGAGAUAUAAUGAGGAUGAGAAGAAGUGGGAGGGUGUCCUGCGGGAGAUAGCCUAUGCAGCCGGCGCCACCUUCCUUCCUGUGAGGCUCAACGUGCUGCGCCUGACCAAGAUGUGACCAGCCCCGAGGCCUGAGCUGAGCACCCCUCCCACUCUGCGGCCACACGGGCCUGGAUUUGGGGGCUCCCAAGAGGAGGUGGGGAGGGGCCAGAGUCCACCUGGAUCCCGUCCUCCCACCCGGGGUGCUCUUCAGCAGGGGAGAACUCGCUGCCCAGUCCUAGCCUUGCCGGCAGGGCCCAGGAACUUUAGGGCUCUCUGGUCCCCGUUUCCCCAGUCUUAUUGUUCCAUGAACCAGAGCCACAGGGGGGUGUCCCAAGCUGCAUUCUGGGCCCGUCCCAGGCCACCUGUGUGCCAAGAAGGAAGUACCCACAGGACCCCAUCUCCUUGCCUGUCAGCUGGGAAGCAUCCGUCUCCAGCACACUCGGCAGCCCGGAGAGGAAUAAAGUGCCUUCUGAGCAAGUAGCUCAGGGUCUAGAAUCAGGUCCUCCAGGAGUCCGUGACCAGGUGGUUGAAGAUGCCAGGUUGAGCGCCUGGGUUGCCCAGGGCAGUGGCCUCCGCACUACAUGGGUGUAUCGCCUCCACAUUCUGGUGCCCCUAGAGCCUGACCUCCCCUCCCUGGGGCUCAGAGACCCCACCUCCUCAUACAGCAUGGACAAGAAGCCAGGAGAUUACUGGUGGAAGGGACAGGGAAUAGCCGAACU